AAAUAAAAGAAAAGUCGUCGUUAAAAAAAAAUAAAGUUUGUAAAUUGUGGAAAACCUGCUCGUCGAUUGUAUUUCAGUUGUAUAAGCAUGGUUAGUCGAUUCCGGGAGAAGCAGUACCAGUUGGCCGCACAGAAAAACAACGAGGCGUUCCGCAAGUACGACUAUUACCAGCAAGCUGCGAGAUACUUCGAGCGAGAGUGUAGAAUCGCGAAGCACUAUGAUUCGUGGAAUUACAAGAACAUAGAUCCGAAAGGCGAGCUGGAAAAGGCUAGGAAAAGGGAAAGACUUUUAGUUAGACGCAACAAAUUGAGAAACUUGCUGAAAGAGGAAGAAAAGACCUACAGACGUGAAUUGGAGGAACGAAAUAAACCGCGAUCUCGUCCCGAGGAGAAAUCAUUGGAGGUUCUCAAGCAAAAAUUGAAGGAACGAAGGGCAGAACAAAGUCUUUAUUUGCCUAAAACCUGCCGAAGAUUCCAAUCCUAUUUCGUUUGUCCCACGGAUUCAACUAGUCCGCGUUGGAAUACCCUCAAAGGCACUAAUCUUCAGUCUCCUCGUGUCUGUAGAGACUCGACGAACUUAAUUCAUCAAAACCGACCGAAUUCUUAUCCUAGGAAUUUCGAAAUGAGCGAGAACGACACCAAGCAUACCAACGACGAUGAUUUUCAGUCUCCUGAAAUUCAUUCUCGUAAUACAUCGGCCUAUUUUGCACGUCGGAGUUUGCAAAACACGAAUGUAAGACACGAGGGUCGCGAGGAAUAUGAUUCAUAUAGAGAGCAUAGGACUUCUCCGACCUUUAGUGCUCCCACUGGGCGACAUGAAAAUGUUGUUCAUGCAAAUAAUAAAGAAAAUACAAAAGAGGACUCGAACCCCAGUAGCUGUCUGGACGAAGUGACUGUAAAGUUGGGUUCGUGUUCGAUGCAUGAUCGGAUAGACUCUCAGGAAAACAACCAUCAGCAGGACAUAGAAAUCGAUCAUCCGGAGAUAUCCGGCGAUGAGGCUGAUACUCCUCACGCGGAGACAUUCGCGGAAUCCUCGGCCCGCCAUGAGAAAGACAAGUGGGACAGAUAUACCGUGCAAGAGGAUGAAGCAAGGAUCGGCGUGAACAGGAAGGACAAUCGGCAAUUCGAAGUCGAAAAGACCAUGCCCUGGCUACGAAUGGUUCCCGGCGACAAGAAUCUCUCGAAGCAGAUGUUUCUCUACUUGACCCACAACGAGCUGAAGAACAACAUCGAGGACCUCGCGAAGAGGGAGCAACACGCGUGCAACAAGCAGAGCUGGGACGAGGCCCUGCGACUGAGGGACAUGAGGAACAGGCUGGAAUUGAUUCGAGAGAAACAGGUGUACAACAUCGAGAAUCUUCAGAUGGACGAAGAGGUGAGAAAGAUGGGGUUGCUCAACAUCGGCAAGAGAGAAGCGGAACUGACUGCACGCGAGAGUGUCUGCAUGGACUCGACGAUGUACAGCGAGGAAGCGAAGGAAAUAUGGCAGAAGUGGUUGCACGAAGACGACAGAUCCGGGAUCAAGGACGCGCGACAUCAAAGGGAGGCACUGAUGAACAAUCUGGAAAAGGAGUGGAAGGAUUUAGCGAUCCGUGACAAAGAGAGGAUCACUCAUACGUAUCAACACGUGAUGAAAGACUCGACUCUGCAAGACGAGCACAAACUGGCCGCGGGCAUCUACCAGUCUAAAAUGAAAUCCUUCCCGACUUCCUUGAAAUAAACCGCAGAUUAACUUCGAGAAAUUUCUGGAGCCUUGUUCACAUUGUGCCAAGCUAAACAGCAAUUUACGUUCCGAUGUUUGUAGUGCAUUAUUUUUUGGCCGACAGUAGAUAGCUCCUGCUGUACCGUGCAUUCCAGGAAAAAUUUAAUGAAAACAUUUUGAUAGUAACGAAUUGUAGAAAAGAGAACACAUUAAUAUGGGUGCUUGUUGUGUUCUUAGGAAUUAUUAAACGUUCUCAAAGACUGAAUACGUUCCAAUUGAAUCGGUACUACGUCCUAAACUACUUGUCGAAUGUGAUACCGAAACCGUUCCAGAUAAAUACGUAAGAAUUUAUAAAUGGCAUUUAAUGUGUUUCUUGUGCGAUCGUAGAAUUGAAUACCAAGAGCCGGUGUAUUUAAUGCUUGGCCAGUUUGCAUGCGAACACUGCAUUCGUUUGUACUACGUCAUUCUAGUCGUUUUUAUACUGGCAAUACCGCUACAUUAUUGUUUAUUUCUUUUUUAACGCUGUUCCUUUCACUCUCGUGUUUGCAAAACUUUAACUACGUCACAAAUACUUUUCCUUGUAAGGACAUUUUACCCAUGAGACGACUACUCUACGUUGUAUUAUUGAUUUAAAAAUAAAGUAUUCGCAUUGAA